AUGCGUAAAAUCUGCACAAUAGAGCUGUUGAGUGGAAAAAGAGUUCAGGCUAUGCAAUCCAUCAGAGAGGAAGAGGUGUCUGAGUUCAUUAAGUCCGUUUCUUCAAAGGCCAGGUCGAAAAUGAACCUCAGCAAGAUGUUAAUUUGUUUAACCUAUGCAAUCACUUCAAAGGCCACAAUUGGUAAGAGUGGCGAGAUGCAUGGAUCAUUUGUACCACUUGUAAGAGAAAUACUAGAGGUUUUUGGAGGUUUCAGUUUGGCUUAUAUGUUCCCUUCCAUAAAAUUGUUUCACAUGAUCAGCGGGAUGAGGACUCGGCUUGAGAAGCUGCUGUUGAAUCGAGUUCUCUUAACAUACAACCUCACCAUCACCGUAGCUACUAGGAGCCGACUGCUCCAACCAGUUGAUAAGAUACUUGAAAACAUCAUCAAUGAACAUAAAGUUAAGAAGGCAACCAAUGAUUCUAGUGAGGAAGUUGUCGACGAUUUUGUAGAUGUUCUCUUGAAUCUUCAGGAAUGUGGAGACUCAGUUCCCCUUGACAGCAGACAACAUCAAAGCAGUUGUACUGACAUUUUCCUUGCUAGGAGUGAUACAUCGUCUACAACUUUAGAAUGGGCUAUGUCAGAAUUGAUAAAGAUUCCAAGAAUUAUGAUAAAGGCUCAAGCAGAGGUUAGGCAAGUCUUUGAUAGAAAAGGAUAUGUAGACGAAGCUGGACUCGAGGAUCUAGAAUUCUUGAAAUUAGUUAUCAAGGAAACUCUGAGGUUACACCCUCCUCUUCCAUUGUUAGUCCAAAGACUUUGUAGAGAGAGAUACCAAAUUCUUGGAUAUGACAUACCCAUCAAAGCCAAAGUCAUCGUUAAUGCAUGGGCUAUUGGAAGGGAUGCGAAUUAUUGGAUUGAUGGCGAGAAGUUCUGUCCUGAGAGAUUCGUCAAUAGUUCCAUCGAUUACAAGGGAAAUAACUUUGAAUUUAUCCCAUUUGGUGCUGGAAGGAGGAUGUGCCCUGCCAUGUCAUUUGGAAUAGUGACCAUUGAGCUUACACUUGCAAAGUUACUUUACUAUUUCGACUGGAAGCUCCCUAACAACAUAAAACAAGAAGAACUGGACAUGACGGAGAGUUUCGGUGUUUCAGUUGGAAGAAAAAAUGAUCUGCAUGUAAUCCCCAUCCCUUACCAUGCUACAAUUACUCAGUAA